AUGUCACCACCGUCAUUGCAAACGCCGCUCUCGAAGCUGCUGGGCAUCCAGUACCCCAUAAUCCUCGCCGGCAUGGCGCGCACAUCUGGUGGCCCCCUCGCGGCUGCUGUGUCAAACGCCGGUGGCCUGGGUGUGAUUGGAGGUCUAGGAUACACCCCGGAACAGCUUCAAUCCAUCAUCGAUGACCUCAAGUCAAACCUGCGAGACAAGAACCUGCCUUUCGGUGUCGACCUCGCGCUCCCACAAGUCGGCGGUAGCGCACGCAAGACGAACCAUGACUACACACAUGGACAGCUCGACGAUCUUAUCGAGGUUACGAUCAAGAAUGGCGCAAAGUUGUUCGUAAGCGCUGUGGGUGUACCGCCCGAGCGAACUAUCAAGAGGCUGCACGAAGCAGGUAUUCUGAUCAUGAACAUGGUCGGACACCCCAAGCACGCGAAGAAGGCACUAGAUGCAGGUGUGGAUAUCGUGUGCGCCCAGGGUGGAGAAGGCGGAGGACAUACCGGCGAUAUCGCGAACAGCAUCCUGAUUCCCUCUGUCGUGGACGUCGCGCGCAAAUACAAGAGCCCCCUCACAGCCAGCAGCUUGAUGCAAGGCGCACAAGGUGUGUGGGUUGGCACACGCUUCGUCGCCUCCACCGAGGCCGGCUGCUCGCAAAUGCACAAGGAGAAUGUAGUUACUGCCGACUUUACAGACACAGGCCGGACACUAGUUGUCAGUGGCCGACCGUUGCGCGUCAGGUACAACGACUAUAUCAAAGAGUGGCAUGCGCGCGAGGAUGAGAUCAAGAAGUUGACGGAUGCGGGUAUUGUGCCGCUGGCAAAGGACAUGGACGAUGGGAAGGAUGUGGAUAUCCCGUUCUUGAUGGGUCAGGUUGCGGGGGUAAUCGGCGAUAUUAAGCCUGCAAAGGAGAUUGUUGACGAGAUGGUGCAAGAGGCCGUCGACAUGUUGAGGCUAGGGCAGACUGAGUUCGCGGCGACCGAUCUGAAGACCGUCGGUAAUUAUACACUGGGGAAACUUAUAGGCAAAGGAAGUUUUGGCAAGGUCUACUUGGCAUCACACAAACUGAGCAAUGGCUCCAAGGUCGUGCUCAAGAGCGCGAAGAAGGACGACGCAAACCUCGCGCGCGAAAUCCAUCACCACCGCCAAUUCAUACACCCACACAUCGCCCGUCUGUACGAGGUCAUAGUCACCGAGGAGCUAGUCUGGUUGGUACUCGAGUACUGCCAGGGCGAUGAACUCUACAACUACCUCCUAGCCAAGGGCGCCCUCGAAGCCUCCAGAGUCCAGAAGAUCUUCACCCAACUCGUCGGCGCUGUAUCCUACGUCCACAACAAGUCCUGCGUCCACCGCGACCUCAAACUCGAAAACAUACUGCUGGACAAACACGGUGAUGUCAAGUUGGUCGACUUUGGUUUUACGCGCGAGUACGAGGGCAAGUCGAACUACCUGCAAACAUGGUGUGGAACUAUCUGUUACAGCGCGCCGGAGAUGCUUAAGGGCGAGAAGUAUGCGGGUGAAAAGGUGGACGUUUGGAGUUUGGGUAUCAUCCUCUACGCGCUUCUGGUGGGCGAGUUGCCUUUUGACGAGGACGACGAAAUGGUCACGAAAAACAAGAUACUGAAGGAGGAACCAAAAUAUCCGGAACACUUCCCGCAGCAAGCAAGAGAGCUGUGUUCGUCGCUCCUUUCGAAACGGCCGAUCUUGCGACCUACAUUGGCGGAUAUACUACAAAACCCUUGGUUAUCGGAACAUGCGCCUCGCCAGCAGGAGAUUCUGAAGCUUCAACAGCCGGCGCCUUUCUCGACGGAACUGGAGAAGGAGGUGUUGCAUCGUAUGCGUGCAGCUGGAGUGGAUAUUGACAUGGUAAUUGAGAAUGUGUUGGCCCAACGAUGCGACUCGUUGGCCGGUUGGUGGGCACUACUGCUUGAAAAGGAGGAACGCAAGGCAAAACGAAGAGAGCGCAAGCGCAAGGAGAAGGAAGCAGAAGCUAAGAGCCUCAGACGGUUGAGCGCUGCAAGUAGCCGACUGGACAAACUUGCGCCUACCAUCAGAGAAUCGGACGAAGAGGGUAUACAUUCCCCAUCCACACCAAAAAGUCGCGGUAGGACUAUAAAUCGAAGCAGCUUGCACGGUGCUCCCGAGCUACCCAAAUUACCGGAAUCACUAACCUCUCCCAAUCUUACCGUCGACGACAAGCCGCUUCCACCAAUUGAUACACAUCGGGGCCGUAAAUCCCAUUCCUCCUCGCGCCCGCCACCACCAGCAAAAGAUUUAGAUAGACGGCGAUCACGCAGUAGCAUGUUACAAGUCGUGUCCACUAACCCCGACCUCCUCUCGCCCAACGGCUUCGUGCCUAAGCGGCGCCGGAAGCAGCCCUUCAUCAACCACCUUUUGUCACUUAGGAAUUGGAUAAAGGAAACGUCGAAACGAGCACGAUCACCAGGCUCAAAGGCUAGCAGUGGCCAAUCCCCGAAAAUACCUCCAAUCUCCGCCAAUACCACACACGCCAGGUCCCCGACCCCGAGGUUCGACCCACGGCUCAGGCUCCAUGAGAAGGCUCUCAGCAUCCCCCGCCCCACUGACACCGCGAUCCUCAUAUCGUCGUUCCUCUGGUGGACUCCGAGGCCGAAAGUCUACAUCAUCAUCUGUAUCUUCGAUUCGCAGUAUGCCACACCACCAUCACUCGCACUCGAAAGCCUCAUCCACGUCCUCCGCCUCGCUCGCCUCUCCCGCCGUCUCCUCCUCCCCGCAACUCCCACAUCCUCAAGCUUUCCCUCCAACAUCCGCCUUGUACGUUCUGGAUUCCCACCUGGCCUCACAGAGUCCAGCGCCGCCUUCGGAAACGGUAAUAGUAUUCCUCCGCAAUCUCCAGGUCUGAUCUUCGCAAAGAGGAAGAGGAGUCCAUUCAAAGGACCCAUGCUUAAUGUUAAUACUGGGGCUUUAAAUGGCAGUCACGCAAACGGUAGCGGCUGGAGGAGCAGAAGUGGAGAUAGCGGUAUGGGUAGUAGAGGAACAAGUGUUCAAGGUCGAAGGAGUGGAGAAAUACUGGGCAUCACCGAGGAAGAUGAGGAGGAAGAGGAAGAAGUUGAAGAGGUUGAGACGUUUGGAGGCAAGUUGGGUGAAGGCGAGUUCGUUGAAGAGGAAGGGCCUGGGCCGUUGACCCCGCCUAAAGAGAAUUUUAAAGAGAGGGCUUGA